AUGGAGGCAUUCACCUUUGCGCUGUCCACUCAGGUGGACUUGCCUGUCUGCCUUAAGGUUGGCUCGUUAGAGGGCAAACAAAAGCAGAUUCCCUUCUCGCAACUGAUCAAGAACCCGGAAUCGCGAUAUCUUGGGUCCUCUCAAAAUCCCGCUUCGGAUCUUUUUGUGACCGCUCAGCUAUGGUCCGACUCGAAGCCUCUGGGUGUGCCAUUACAAACCGCUUACAGGGCCUUCAAAACUAGCCGAGUAUGGAAUGAAUGGCUGCAGAUGCCCAUGUCGGUCAAGGACGCCCCACUCAAUUCUCAACUGGCGAUUACGGUCUGGGACCUUUCCCCGCUGGCGGGCGAUGGGCCACAAGGACAUGAUAUUCCUUUUGGUGGAACGACAAUCUCGUUGUUUGACAAUGAGGGCAAGCUUAGAAUGGGACGGCAGAAGUGCAAGAUCCAUCGCCAUAAAGCUGCAGAUGGCUUUUCUUCAACUUCGACCCCAUCUUCACCACCACCAAAGCGGCGAAAACACAACAAUAGUACUCGUGACAUUAUGGGACUAUCAUCGGCCGAGGCAGAGCUAGAGCGGAUCGAGGUCCUGAUCAAAAAGCAUGAGAUGGGUGACAUCACUCGCAUUGAUUGGAUGGACCAAAUGGUCUUCCGUCAACUGGAGAAGCUCAAAAUGCAAGCAGAGGAGGCCGCUCGUAAAAGAGCUAUUGCCCGGAAGACAGCAAAGCAACGGAGGGGCCGAGCUGGAGGUGAUGAGGAUGAUAGUUCCGAUGAUGAGGAGCUGGACGAUGAAAACUUUGUGCUUUACGUGGACUUCCCACGUUUUGAUCACCCCAUAGUUUGGGCCGAUCAUCAAUACCCGCCUCCGCCAAUCUCGUCCUAUUCCCAAAACGUAUCCAACCACCCGACCUCGACAUUAAAACCUGUUCCAGAGGUUCGCUUCGGUCCCGGGAUUGAAGGCGCUGAUGGCGCAGGCGUUAUCAGAAUUUAUGACCCUGAAGUGGGCCAAACCGGAAAUCCGUGCGAAGACAAGCAUCGAAGGUUAAUUCGCAGCCAUCGAACUGGAUUCAUGGAUCGAGACCUCAGGCCGAACCCGAAGAAUCGUGAUGAACUGAAUGUCAUUAUGUCGUACGAACCGACACAAGAUCUCACAGCUGAAGAGAAAGACCUGGUUUGGAGGUUCAGGUACUAUCUUACUCGGGAGAAGCGGGCAUUGACCAAAUUUGUGAAAUCCGUCAAUUGGCGUGAUGAAGGCGAAUCUAGACAAGCCGUGGAAAUUUUGCCGAAGUGGACCGAGAUCGACGUUGAUGAUGCUUUGGAGCUUCUCGGGCCCACAUUUGACAACCAGGCCGUGCGCUCCUAUGCCGUGGCGAGAUUGCGCAAAGCUGAUGACGAGGAACUUGAUUUGUAUCUCCUGCAAUUGGUGCAGGCUUUGAAGUACGAAGAGAGCUCAGAAAGUGAAUCAGAAGAGGCGACGCAUGACUCCUCGCUGGCCAACUUCCUCAUUACGCGUGCGGCCAACAACUUCAAACUUGGAAACUCUUUGCAUUGGUACCUCAUGGUUGAAUGCGACGAUGCCGGUCCAGGCACCUUGUCAAACCAGCGCAGACUCUUUGCUCGUGUUGAAUACUACUUCAUGGCGGAAUUGGAAAUGAUUCACGCUGAGCAUCGAAAGACCCUCCUCCGUCAAGGUGAACUGAUUGCCGUUCUUUCAAAGAUUGCCAAGGAUGUCCGCUUCUCCAGGGACCCCCGACCGGUCAAGAUUGAGAAGCUCAAGAAGGCUCUGCGUGACCCAAAGAACGAAUUAAUUCAUAUCGACCCGCCGCUGCCGCUGCCGCUAGACCCCGACGUCUCAAUCAUUGGUUGCUACCCUGACGAUUCCAACGUUUUCAAGUCGACAUUAUCUCCAUUAAACAUCACAUUCAAGACUAGUGAUGGUAAACGAUACCCCCUUCUGUUUAAGGUUGGCGAUGAUCUUCGCCAGGAUCAGUUGGUCAUCCAAAUCAUUAUCCUGAUGGAUCGACUUCUGCAGAAAGAAAACCUGGACUUGAAAUUGACGCCAUAUCGUAUUUUGGCGACGAGUUCUACGGCUGGUGCCGUUCAAUUCAUUCCAUCCAUUUCUCUUUCCGCGGCGUCUGCCAAAUACAAGUCAAUUCUCGCCUAUUUGAAAGAGCAUAACCCAGAUGACAACGAGCCUCUUGGCGUUCGAAAAGAUGCCAUGGACACUUACAUCAAGUCUUGCGCUGGCUACUGUGUGAUCACCUACCUGCUGGGCGUUGGUGACCGACAUUUGGAGAACUUGCUUCUAGCGCCAGACGGCCACUUCUUCCAUGCUGACUUUGGUUUCAUUCUCGGCCGCGAUCCUAAACCUUUUGCUCCCAUGAUGAAGCUCUGCAAGGAGAUGGUUGAAGGAAUGGGUGGUACAACUUCUCCACAUUACCUGCAGUUCAAGCAGUAUUGUUACACCGCUUAUACGACGCUACGCAAGUCUGCAAACCUAAUCCUGAACCUCUUCAGUUUGAUGGUUGAUGCCAAUAUUCCCGACAUCCGGGUUGAGCCUGACAAGGCUGUCUUGAAAGUGAAAGAACGCUUCCACCUUGAAAUGACCGAGGAGGAGGCCAUUCGUCACUUUGAGCAGCUGAUUGGCGAUAGCGUCAAUGCCAUCUUUGGCGUGGUCAUUGAUCGCCUGCAUGAGUUUGUGCAAGGUUGGAGGGCAUGA